GUAAUUAACCUCUUUAUUGUCAUUGUCCCCUUUCAGCUCCAGAAUUCACCAAAAAACUUUGUUUAUUAAUUAGUUUAAUUAAAAUAACAUUAUUUAUCGUAUGUUGGGCAUCUGGAGAUGAUGAUUGACAUCUGCUUUGUCUUUAAACAAUAAAAAAUGUGAUAGUAAACUUUUUACGUCGAAUGUCUGACAAUUUUUGGUGGGACAAACAAAGGAUUUUCAAUCUCCAUCAACAACUUCAGCUUUCCUGGCAGGAUAAAUGGUAUCACUCCAUCAAAAGGUCAUUUGUUAUUCCCCAAAUCACCGAAAUAAACAAUAACAAUGAAAAAAUGUUACUUCAGCCUCCGAAAAUCAGGAAAAAUCUGCUAUUUUCACUCGUCCAAAGCCGGAUUUUUCAUUCCAUAAAAAUAUUAAACGACACAAAACAACAAUUUUCGUUAUAAACAAAUGGAAAAUCAGCUUUUCUGCGUUUGUUAUUCAACAAAACAUUUUUUUAUUCAUCGAAUGUUUGUGGGUACGACCCACCAGGUGCUUUUUACCACCCCCCACCCAUUUUGAGGUCCGCCAUUUUGGAUUAUGUCGCCAUCUGGGGAGGAAUGCGUUAAUUAACGAUUUUUUAUUUUCUCGUGGACGGCGGAGUAAAGGGUCCUAAUUUAUUAAAAUAGUUACGAAUUAUUCGCUCGUGUCCUGGUGAAUAAAUUGUCCCAGCAGCUGAUGCCCUAAAUGAACUUCUAGGAUGAGUUCACUCCAGCAAACAGGUCGAUUCCUCCCAUUCACGAACAACAAUAUCCAACGUAAACAAUUAUCCACUCAAGGGCUUCCCCAGAGCUUGAGUGGCAGUGACACUGACGUGUCCACCUCCAACGAGAACCUGAGCAACGAGGAGAGGUAUGUGAUACGUCAUACAGCUAGACAGGAGCCCCAGGGGCAGGAGAAUCAGCAGCAGAGUCCAUCGAGAUCAUCGAGUCAUAAAGAAAAUAUACCAAAUAUCCAGGGCACGAUAAUCCCUCGAAACAGCCUGAAGGACACCCUGGGCUCAUCAAACCGCAACAGUCUCAAGGAAUCCCUGACUGGAUCCAACCGCAACAGCCUGAAAGACAGCAUCAACGGCUCCAAUCGCAACAGCCUCAAGGACAAUCUCAGUAAUCGCACAAGUGUCGGCUCAAAUCGCAGCAGUCUCGACAUAUCCACCAGCUCCUACAACACCCUCAUCAUUCACAACGCCAAUGACGACAGCACCUGGUCACCAUCCGGCAGAUUAUCAUCAAUAGUACGUGAUCCUGGUGACAUGGGCUACCUUUUCUGUGACACAGGUGUCAAGGGCCACUCCACCAGCCCCAUCAUGCAAUCCCUCUCCACCCUACCCCAGGAAGAUCGUUACUACGACCCCACAAACAGCUGCCAGGAGAUAACCGACAUCCCAGACGAUUAUUUGAAUCAAUCCCAGGUGCUGAAGCACCUGGCGAAGGAGGUGAAGCCAAGAAAAAAUCAAAAUCACCAGGAUUUUGUCGAUCAUUCGUCAUCCAGACCAACAACGAUCCUAAAUCCCUUGAAAUCAAAGCACCGCAUGCUGGGUCCAACUGAAAAACUCACCCUAUCCAGAUCCCAACCUGAUUUAUCACGUCUAGAUCGUCUAGAUCACGACAUCUACGAUCCCCCAUCCCCCAGACCCCAUCCAAAAGGUCGUGAGGAGAUUGAGAGGACCUCCACCGAGAUCUGGCCGCCAUCAGAAAUGAUUCAGCUCGUCAUUCAGGAGAACAGUUCCCUAAAACUCGAACUAGAACGAUGUUACAAUAAGGUAUCAAAGUCCCAGAAGCUUGAGCUGGAGAUAUCGAAGGUCCAUCGUGCUCAUGAAGACCUGGCAGCGUCGUGUGAACGUCGGGAGAAGCUCGAACGUGCGGCAAGAUUACGACUCCAGAAUGACGUGAGACGAUUAACCGAAUUAAAUCGCGCCCUGAGGGAUCAGAUUGAUUUACUCACCACGAGAACUGACACCACAAUUGUCGAGUCCAUGAAGAAGGAGCUAACCCAACGAGAGCUUCUGAUUGGCCAAUUAAUCACUCAGAAUAAGGAACUAGCAGCAGCGAAGGAACGUCAGGAAAUUGAACUUGCUGCACAGAGGGCGACACUCCAAGAACAAAGAACUCAUAUUGAUAUACUUGAUACGGCACUGACUAAUGCACAGGGUAAUGUUGUGAGGCUUGAGGAGGAGUCGAGGAAGAAGCAGGUGUAUGUUGAUAGGGUGGGACAGUUGCAGAGGGCGUUGUCAUCGUUGCAGGCGUCGUCUGAUAGGCGUGAGGAGACGGAGAGACAGUUGAGGGGACAACUUGAGAGGGAAUUGAGGGAGGGUGGUGGUGGUGGUGGUGGUGGUGGGGGUGGGGGAUUGUGUGGGGGUGAUGGGGGUGUUGGGGAGAGUUUGGUGGAGUUGAGGAGGAGAGUGAGGGAGAGGGAUGAGAAGAUUAUGUCGCUUGAGGGAGAUGUGGCCAAGUGGGAGCAGAGGUAUUUGGAGGAGAGUGCGUUGAGGCAGGCUGCUAUUGAUGCUGCGAGUCUUCCCAAGGAUGCGAAAAUCGCUGCUUUGGAGAAGACCAGUCAGGACGCGGAGAAGCUCAUCGCCGAGGCGAGAUCCGAGAAAAUGAGGCAUCUCGACGAAGUCCACGCGGCCCACAAGAAACUAGCUGACCUUGAAUCCAGGAUGAAGGAUCUGGAGUCAAAACUCGCUGAGAGAGACGCGAUGAUUCGUGUCCUUCAGAAACACACGUAUGAUAAGGACAGCAGCAGCAGCAGUGGAGUCUGUAGUUAUCCAGCUGGACAUUCCUCUCACUCUAGUACAUCAGCAGAUCAUCCGGGUAUCACCAGUACACCAGAGCUCGUUCGUAUGUCAGGUGGCAGCAGUGUUCUGGGUGGUGGUGGGGGGUAUGGUAGUGCUACCACUUAUGGGGUGACUGACAGCUACAAGUACAGGAAACAGGGUAGCUUUGAGGAGACCAACAAGAGCCUCGAUGAUCAACUUAAGGAGCUUGAUUCACAGCUGCUCAGCAAGCGGGCACUUUGCUGUUUUCCAGGAUUCUCUAAUCCAGGCACUGCGUCGAGAAAAGGAAAAAUACCCAAGUCAUUAUUGGCGAGUGUAGAUUGUCCAGGUACAAGUGGAGGAACGAGUAAGAGUCGUUUGUUGGAUGAUACUGGAACUGAUGGUGUUAUCAUUGAUUAUGGAGUGAUAAAAGGUACAGUAUCGAGACUGUCCGAUGGUAAACCCGAGGAUAUGAUGCUCUUGGAGAAGCAGGGAAGGUCUUCGCAGAGACAGAGGAUGCAGGAGGGAGAGAUGAGACGUGCUGGUAGUUUACCACCGAGUUCACUUCCACGACCACCACGAACCCUCAAAUCAACAUCACGUUAUUGUCGUCUGAGUGAUGGUGAGACGAGGAAAAAAUCGGAUCCAGGUCCUGGGGUGGAUUCUGGGGUGAAGGGAAGGGAUUCGGGGAAUUGUACACUGGAAUAUGGAAGAUUUGAUGUGAAGAAUCAGAGGAAAAAGAGGCUGGAGGGGUGUGGUCAGUCGACGAGUAUGAAAAAGCCAUCUGGUGGUGAUUACGAGAGACUGGGGGAUACGAAGAAGUUGGUGGGGGUUGAUGUGAAGCACAGGGAGAUGCAGGGCAGGUCCCUGAUACCACCCACACGGAGAAUUGGUGAUUAUGGGAGGCUCAGUGAUGGAGAUGGUAAAGCCAGUCUCAGGAAACAGGUGGGAAUGUCCAGGGGUCUCAGCACUGGGAGUACAGUGUCCACGAAGAGUGGGGGAAGGGACUCAGGGGGGGCAGCUAGUGAUGUGUCGAUAUCGAGUCUUCCACCGGCAAAAGGCAGGUCAAUACCACGUCCUAAUUAUCGAAUUCAGUUCUGACUAUGAUGUGCCAGGAGGUUAUGUGAUGAUGGAGAUGGUGGGGGUAAAUGUCUAGUAUCAUCCCCCCACGGAAUUUCGAUCCGAUUAUUUUCAGUGUCAAUAGAUUUCGACCUCCUCAUAACGAAUUUGCAAACCGUUUUUUGGGGAAACAAUUAGCUUCCACAUAACGUUGAAAUUUGUAUACCACUCUCUGCAUUACCUAGGGACACGUCGUGGACGUGACGGUUGACGGCCCCAACACAACACAUGUUGGUACAUUUAGAGACAAUGGACAAUACAAAGAGAUGUUAUAAUUGGUAUUCACUCACCCAGGCGCAGUUAAUCCCUCCAGAGGUGAACAUAUUCUUUUACCUUAAACGUCUUGUGUUGAUGAUAAGUGUAAUCUUCCACCACUGCUCACUUCUAGCAGCAAAUUCAAUAUAUAAAAGAGAAUUUAAAUUUGUUUACACUAUUAUCAACUUAGACGAUGGCUGAUCUUUAUUCCUUUUGGGUACGGCUAUCCCCGGGAUCACCUUGAGUUAUUGUAGAUUUAAAUUCACGUGUGUAAUGUUUGGCCAUUGUUUCCAAAUAUUGUGUCACUCUAUCAUGGAAUGAUACCCUCCUCUUAAACAUGAAUUCACACAGAUACCUUUGGUAGUGGUCUUCACUUGUGCCGUACCUCUGGAGUUGUCCUUUGGUCUCUCCAUGAUCUCUCAAUAUUUUGUGUGUGAACAUGUGUCACAGGAUUCACGAAAUUGAUUGAGUGGUUUACUGUGAAGUGAUGAAAUCCUUCAUAGGGCACGUCACCUCUCUCAGUAACACUUUAUGUUCACGUAAGAAUUCAACUAGCACUUCGUAAUUCUCACUAACUGCGAAGAUCUCACUGAGCUUCAUGUUAUUCAAUUCGCGUUGCAUUCUGUACUGAUAGAGGAAUCACUUUAAGACUCCUGAUAGCCUCAGAACUCGUCGAGUUUGCCUAGUUCUCCUUGUACACAAGGAUCAGCACAAUCGUCGGUAUAAUUCCCGGGGGGGCUAUAGUAGACAUUUACCUCGAAUUGUCGUCGAAUAACGUGCACCACGCCAUAAUAACUGAGUAUUUUAUCUGAUUUUUUUUUUUACGUCGAAAUGACACCAUCACAGGCCAUAAUCAUUAUCGUACCCAGGAGGUGGUUAAGGUAGAGUUUAGGAUGAACUAGUCAUUACCAAAGUAACAAAUAACUUCUUUGUUCUAUUGAUAAAAUCACGUCAUUCGUUUUCAUAAUUUUUUUUUUUAAUGUCAGGAGAGUUUUUGGGUCGUUGGAACGUGGGUCAAUCACCCGGUGAUGAUGUCGAUGGGAUUUUAGGGGGUAAAUACCUGGGGUGUGGGGGGUGUGCCUUAAAUAAUCAGUCAAAUCUGAUCCUGAACUAGAGUAGAACUCCACAAGACUGAAAAAUACUUGAAAAUCUGAACGUCAAUCAACCAAAGUGUCGAUCCCUGUUUUGUUUAAUAAUUUUUUUCUUAAUUAUUAUGAUUAUAUAUUCAGUUUUAUCGGUUAUUAAUGAUGAAAUGACUAGUGAUGUUGUUCAAUAUUUAUUGGGGCUUGUGGUGAUACAUCUGGGGAUGUCGGAACGUCCUGGUGGUCGUUUAUUGGUGAUCUGAGGGUGCGGUAUAUUAAACAUUUUUUUUUUUUCUGAUUGUGAUGUAGCAAUUAGCGUAGGGAAAUUAGACAGUUCAUUUGUUUCUCCUGUUGUUUGUACUGUUUCUCAUGUGACAAUUGUACCCACGGGGGUGGGGGGGGGGGGGGGGGUGGGGUGAUGGGAUCUGUUGUCCAGGAAAUUGGCGACAAAAAUGGCGACUCACUUUGAUAACGUCACAGGGAGCACUAAAUCGAUGGGAUAAACACUGAUAAAACUGUCGAACCUCAAUUUUUGUUGUUGAUAAGUGGAAAAUUAUUGAUAACAUUUGGAAACGACAUGAGAAGCUGUUUCUGAUUCACCAAAAUGACGGCCAUUUUCCCCACUCGAUGAUGGGAGCCGCCAUAUUGUUUAGGAAAUUUUCUAGACGACAGAUUCUAUCAUUAAAGAUGGCGGACGUUAGCGACUGGGCCAAAUAUUCAUUAAUUAAUAUUUCAGUGUUCUAGAGUCGCUGGGGACGUGGGGGGGAGGUUAAUUAGGAUCAAGAACAGCUUUAACGUUUGCUCUCUAUUUUUGAUACAGCCAAAUUUGAUCGUAAUCUAGAUAAAAUUUGAUAUCUCAUAUUCAGUGAGUCAAGAUGGCGACAGAAAGGUAAAUUUUUUGGUUAAAAGAUGAAAAUCUCGAAAUAAAAUGGGACAAAGGGUUUUCACCCCUCACUUAUCGGUCCCAAAAACCGUUAAUUAAUCACUAAUCAUCAUUCGAUUGAUCGUCAGUGACGAUUGUUCAUUCGAUACAUCAAAUUUUGUAAUACUCGUACAAAAAAACAUUUUUAAAAUGCCAGAUGGGCUAGAAAAUAGACAGUAAUCGUGUGUAAUCACUCGAUAAAUUGUGUCUGUGUGUUAGCUUUAAGUGAAGGAGAAUUAAUUGACGAUUAAUAUCCACCAUUGUAACGUUUUAAUGAAUGAAAGCUUUCGAUAAAUGAGAAAUAUGGAAAAUAAUGCUAAAGAUUAGUUUAAUGUAAAGAAAAAAAUUAUGAGAAAUACAGAGUCUGUUGUGAA